AAUUCUGGUGAAAAAGAGGUAUAUAAAGUGAAAAGUUGUUGUGAGAGAAAACGGCGUCGGGGUAGGGUAAGGUAAAGAUCAUACGACGUAGUUUAGGAAUGAACUUAAGCACGGGUUCCUUCCUGACUCCAAUGAACAAACGAGAGCCCCGAGUGUUAUAAUUCGAGUGGGAAGUCAUAAAGAAAAUUGGCGUUUUGAGUUGGAGGGCCCUUGCGGUGUGGAGAGAGAGAGACAGAGAGAGAGAGAGAGAGCGAUAGAGAGAGAAAGAGAAGAGAAGAUGCUGAGAGUUGCCAGGAGGAGGCUGUCCCCGUCAGCAUGGAGGAGCGGGUCGCAGACAAACCCAGCCCUCGUCUCCUCCACCAGAGCCCAUCCGCUAACAUCCACUGAAGACGACGACGUUUCCGUUCCAUCUCCCCAUGCUUCUUCCAAUUUCAGAUCCCCCAUUCAUUUUUCCCACCGUGUUUCCUAUGCUUUUCCUUCUCUUGUCAAAGGGUUUUCCUCUGAAGCUCUAUCUCCUGGACAUGAUAUUGGUGCGCUGUCAGAAUACUCAGCUACUGUGGCUGCUGUGAAGAACCCUACUUCAAAAAUUGUAUAUGAUGAGUACAACCAUGAACGUUAUCCACCUGGUGAUCCCAGCAAGCGUGCAUUUGCCUAUUUUGUCUUGUCAGGUGGCAGGUUUGCAUAUGCCUCCUUGAUUCGGCUUCUGGUCCUCAAGUUUGUUCUUAGCAUGUCAGCCAGUAAAGAUGUCCUUGCCCUUGCUUCCCUGGAGGUUGACCUAUCUAGCAUUGAAGCUGGUUCUACUGUUACAGUAAAAUGGCGAGGGAAGCCAGUUUUCAUCAGACGUCGAACUGAAGAUGACAUCAAGUUGGCCAAUAGUGUUGAUGUUGGUUCCCUUCGUGACCCACAACAGGAUUCAGAGAGGGUUAAGAAUCCAGAAUGGCUAAUUGUUGUUGGGGUCUGUACUCAUUUGGGAUGCAUCCCCUUGCCAAAUGCUGGUGACUUUGGAGGUUGGUUUUGCCCAUGCCAUGGUUCGCACUAUGACAUUUCUGGUAGGAUCCGGAAGGGACCAGCACCAUACAAUCUAGAGGUACCCACUUACACCUUCUUGACUGAGAACAAGUUGCUGAUCGGUUGAGAGAAUUGAUAAGGAAUCAUUUUAUGGAGUUGUAUGUCAUUAUUUGGAGGUUUCAUAAUUGUUAGUUUCCUCCAUACGAGGGAAAGAUGACUUGAAAAUUUUAAGUUCUUUUUUCUAUUCACUGUUCUAAAAUUUUGAAUUAUGUAUGUUCUGUCCGGUUCAGGAUGGUUUCAAAGAUUGAAUAAUACAACAAAUUUUUGUUGA